AAGAUUAAACAUGAUAGCAUUAAUUGUAUGCCUCCGGUAGCUCACGCCACCCUAUGUAUCUUCUAGAAACAUAUGCAAUUAUCAUGUUUAAACACUGCAUUUCCUACCACCAACUAACAACAGUAUUCAAACGCAGCAAGAUGGAAGCCAAAGAGGGAGUUAAUAGUCAUUCUGCCAAUGAAAUUACAUGCAAAGCUGCUGUGGCAUGGGGUCCUGGGCAGCCUCUCUCCAUACAACAAAUUCGUGUUCAACCGCCUCAGAAAUUGGAGGUCCGAAUCAAAAUCCUUUUCACUUCAAUUUGCCAUACAGAUCUUAAUGCUUGGCAGGGCGUGAAUGAAUCUCAACGGGUGUAUCCUCGGAUUUUAGGACAUGAGGCCUCCGGGGUUGUUGAGAGUGUAGGGGAAGGUGUGGAUGACAUAAAGGAAGGAGAUCAUAUUCUUACUAUUUUUAAUGGUGAGUGUGGUGAAUGUACUUAUUGCAAGUCGAAAACCACCAAUCUAUGUGCAAAGUUUCGAGUUGACCCUUUACAAUGUGUAAUGAGAAAUGAUGGGAAAACAAGGUUCUUAACUCAAGACGGAAAACCCAUCUACCAUUUCCUAAACACUUCGACUUUUAGCGAGUACACAGUCAUGGACUCGGCUUGUGUCGUGAAGAUUAAUCCAAAAGCUCCUCUCAACACGAUGACCUUACUUAGUUGUUGUCUCUCCACAGGCAUGGGAUCGGUGAUCAAUACCGCAAACAUACAUCAAGGAUCAACGGUUGCGGUUUUUGGUUUGGGUGCAGUAGGAUUAGCGGUCAUACUAGGAGCCAAAACAAGAGGAGCAUCUACAAUUAUAGGAAUUGACAUCAAUGAUGACAAACGUAUCAAAGGCCAAAAAUUGGGAAUGACGAACUUUAUAAACCCAAAUGAGCUUAAAACAUCCGUACAUGAGAAAAUAAGUGAAAUGACUGAAGGAGGGGUAGACUUCAGCUUUGAGUGUGCUGGAAAUCUUGACGUUCUCCGCGAAGCCUUCCUGUCUACACACGAUGGAUGGGGGUUAACAGUAGUAUUGGGGAUUCAUCCAACACCAAGAAUGUUGCCAUUGCAUCCAAUGGAGUUGUUCGAUGGACGGACAAUCACAGGCUCCGUGUUUGGGGGCUGCAAAGGGAAAACUCAACUCCCUCUUUUUGUUGAUCAGUUUAUGAAUAUGGAGGACUUGAAGCUGGAGGAGUUCAUAACACACGAGCUUCCAUUCAACAAAAUCGACCAGGCUUUCGAAUUGCUGAUUCAUGGAAAAUCAUUAAGAUGCUUGCUUCAUUUUUGAAGCAUACAUAUAACAUAUUACAAUUGUUCAAAAUAUGUUAUAUGUUCAAAAUAUUGGAUUUGGACCUUGUUGGAAACAACUCUUUUGUUAUUUAAACCGCCUUGUUAGUUUGAUUUUUCUGUUGGUAAAUAAAUUAGUUUAAAAGAUCA